AGUUCAUAAUAAACAUCUUCUAGUUCCAUUUUUGAAAAGUGUAAGUAGACAUUUUUGAAAUACCACAAUUCUGUUUUUAGAUAGACAACCUCUAUCAGAGCCUUACUCUCGAUUCUUUUACUAAUAUGGAAAAGUCUCGUGUGGAUAUGAUCAAAAGAGGUAUAGCUAAUAAAAGCUAUCAACUUGAUCCUCUCGACCUGGAUUCCAUACUAUCAAACCGAAGUUCUUUUUUCGAAUACGGGUCCCAUAUCUUUUGAGUUUGUUAACUCUACUCUACUAGAAGAUUAUGAAUAUUGCUACUAUUCUUGUUAUCAGGAUUUUUUGAAAGAUAUUAAAAGAGUAGGUAGAGUGGAAUAUUUGGUCAAGAUUCCUUGCUUAUUGAUUAGUUCUAAAAUGAUUAUGCUAAAGGAGCGAAAGCCACUCGACUGAUAAGGAGAGGAGCUUUUCAGCCACUUUUAGGAAUCGAAUAAGCAAUCACAAAGAAUGGUAAGCGCUACGAACCUUUGCCCAGUUCAUCCGAGUAAGGUUGCCAGCGUAUAUAUAGAUAGGUUAGGGAAUGGCCAGCAGUUUAGUUCCCCACUGGGGGCACAUUUGGUUUGAAACUCUCUAUCUAAGAGUCUUAGGUUAUAGAAAACCCUAUAGUAAGAUGCAAGCUUAGUUGAGUCAAUUAGUAGGUAGGGCGGACUACUCAAUUGACCCCAGGGUUGUUUAUGUAGUUGCUUGUAGUUUUUUUUAGUUGCUAGCUCUAAAUAAUGAUUUCUAGUUAAGGAGAGAGAAUCAAUGUUAAGUAGUACGCCUGGUUCACCGGGUUCUACCACUUAAGGUCCCAAUCUUUGGUAUGUCCCUUAGUUAGCUGGGCAUACCAUUAUAAUGCUCUCGAAAGAUACUUAUUGGCAUAUGAUAUGUUGUUAUAUGCUUUACACAUGUACCUUGGACUCUGCUUUCUAUAUUGAUCUUUAGCUGAAAGACCCGAUCCUUUCUCCUGUUCCUGAAACGAAUGAGUGUCUUGUGAUUCUCGGUAAAAUGGAAAGUGUGAAAUUGGCCAGUGUUUUCCCUUUCUCUUUUGGUUCAAAGAAAGAAUAGAAAAUUGCAUACGAGAAGAAGGGUUCGUAGACAGCCCGAAAGAAGGUCCUCUCUUCGUAUUCUAUAGAAAGACGAAAUAGCGUAAAGAAAGAGCAAGUCAAGUCAAAUAGCCCGGUUCACCAGGUUCUACCACUGCAGGGCUCAAUCAUGCUACUUCAGCUAUAUCAAUUUCAACGAAGUUUUCCGAGCCUUUCUUUCUUCCAAAAAAAGGAAGGGGGCUGGCUUUCGUUCGCAACAAGGUAGCCGUAGGGGAACCUGUGGCUGGAUUGAAUCCUUCUUUUAUUUCGGUAUGCCGCUCCGCGAGCAAGGAGCGAGAGAACCAAGUGGGCUGUGGUGAUGUCAGAAUUUGCACCUAUUUGUAUAUCAUUCCUUAUAAGUCUGCUAGUUUCUUUGAUCAUACUCGGUCAAAUCAUUUUUAAUAGUGACCAAACUACACGUUUGUUGCCCGAAGAUUUUCUAUUAGCUGUUCCUGCCGUGUUGUUAUGUAGCUUUAGCAUUCCGAUUGCCUUUUGUGCCGGCGAGAGUAUUGAAGCUUUCCAUUCGGAUUUAUUUACGUAUACUUCGGAUAUGCUGGAAGACUCAGCAAGUUCCGGGCGUAGUAGUAGUACCUCAGCGGUAAAUCAACCGCUUCCGGGGGAACAAGCUAUGCCUCCCGCUCUUCCUGUUAUGCAGCAGGAAGCUGCUAAUCAGGCUCCGCCCUAUGUCCCCUACCCCUAUCAACAAAAUGAAAUAAUCGGGGGAGAUAGUGUGGAAUAUAUUGAGCGGAGGCUGUUGGAUGGAUUAGUAUUUCCUUCAGCCGAUGAAAUCUUAUUUGCCCGGAUUGAAGCCCAAGACCUAUUCGAGGUCAAGGUUUAUAUAAUCCGUAAAAUGGCUGAACUCCAUCCAAGUGGCGAUUGGAUGGGACGAGGGGCGCGGGCAAUGGACAAUCCCCGUACCGCCACUGGCGAGGAGGACCUGCUUAGGUUAUAUCAAAUGCUUGAUGACCUAAAUAGCAGUAAUUUGCAAUCUGCAACCUUCCGCCUGUUGGUCGAAAGAGUCCACUUACGGGCGGGUGAGGAUCAGCACUCUGCCACCUAGGACAUGGAUUAGAUCGCGUGCAAGCCUCCCUGUCUUUUUCCUUGGAAAAACCAAGGCGAUUUCAUUGAAUUAGCAAGUCUCCAGACUGAUUGACUGGAGCAGGAGAAGUCACAUCACUGAAUCAAUCAUGCCUCAACUAGAUCAAUUCACUUAUUUCACACAAUUCUUCUGGUCAUGCCUUUUCCUCUUUACUUUCUAUAUUGCCAUAUGCAAUGAUGGAGAUGGAGUACUUGGGAUCAGCAGAAUUCUAAAACUACGGAACCAACUGGUUUCACACCGGGAGAACAAGAUCCAGAGCAACGACCCCAACAGCUUGGAAGAUAUCUUGAGAAAGGGUUUUAGCACCGGUGUAUCCUAUAUGUACUCCAGUUUAUUCGAAGUAUCCCAAUGGUGUAAGGCCGUCGACUUAUUGGGAAAAAGAAGUAAAAUCACUUUAAUCUCUUGUUUCGGAGAAAUAAGUGGCUCACGAGGAAUGGAAAGAAACAUAUUAUAUAUUAUAAAAAAUACCUCAGAGAGCACCAAUCAUCCUGGGUGGGGGAUCACUUGUAGGAAUUACAUAAUGCUAAUCCAUGUUCCACACGGCCAAGGAAGAAUCGGUUUUUAAUCUCAUUAUGACGGGGAUCAAAGAAAAAAAGACUCCUUUCCCCGCCGUUCAUAAAGGUUCUCGAGAUUCUCAAUCGCUCUUUUGAGUGGGGAGUAAUAGUGCGGGAAGGGAGCGAGACCAAGCCGAGCCACUAGGAGAGUAAGCCUUUUCCACGUGUAAAGUUGAAUAUGAAUAAAUGAAUGCAGCCUCAACCAGAGAGAGCAACCUGCGCCUUUGAGUUUAGGCCGCUGGCGGCGCAGAACGAACUACCAUAAAGUUUUCCGAAAGAGCAAGAAAACGGAUGCGCUAACGCGCAACGUGCGGAUCGAGCAAAGCGAGAGGUACAAAGUGACUCGACUGAAAGGAGAGGUUAGAAUAGACUCGACUGAAAGGAGAGGUUAGAAUACCCUUGCUUGUUCUUUCGCGGUAGGGUGGCCUCUACUAUAAAGCGUUGCCACUUCAUACUUCAUUUUUACUUUACAAAAAUCUUGCUUCAAAUCAAAGAAAGAAGGUCCAUUUUCCCACGUAGUUCGUCGGUCAAACCAACGAUUAUCUUCUAAAAGUAAUAGACAGAUCUUUUUCUAGUUAGACUUCUAUCAAUGCAAUGAAAGAACCAUCCCUUCCUAUUUGUUUGUCCUGUCAGAUAUAAAUAAAAUGAGACCCCAAAGAGCCCUUCUUUACUACUUUAGGGGGUGGGGGUGAAGGGGUGGUUUACAUACAAACCGAGGCAAAGUGGUUUAUGAUUGAAUCUCAGAGGCAUUCUUAUCAUUUGGUAGAUCCAAGUCCAUGGCCUAUUUCGGGUUCACUCGGAGCUUUGGCAACAACCGUAGGAGGUGUGAUGUACAUGCACUCAUUUCAAGGGGGUGCAACACUUCUCAGUUUGGGCCUCCUAUUUAUCCUAUAUACCAUGUUCGUAUGGUGGCGCGAUGUUCUACGCGAAUCCACGUUCGAAGGACAUCAUACCAAAGUCGUACAAUUAGGACCUCGAUAUGGUUUUAUUCUGUUUAUCGUAUCGGAGGUUAUGUUCUUUUUUGCUCUUUUUCGGGCUUCUUCUCAUUCUUCUUUGGCACCUACGGUAGAGAUCGGAGGUAUUUGGCCACCAAAGGGGAUUGCGGUUUUAGACCCCUGGGAGAUCCCUUUUCUUAAUACCCUUAUUCCCCCUUCAUCCGGAGCUGCCGUAACUUGGGCUCAUCAUGCUAUACUCGCGGGGAAGGAAAAACGAGCAGUUUACGCUUUAGUAGCUACCGUUUCACUGGCUCUAGUAUUCACCGGCUUUCAAGGAAUGGAAUAUUAUCAAGCACCCUUCACUAUUUCGGAUAGUAUUUAUGGUUCUACCUUUUUCUUAGCAACUGGCUUUCAUGGUUUUCAUGUGAUUAUAGGUACUCUUUUCUCGAUCAUAUGUGGUAUUCGCCAAUAUCUUGGUCAUCUGACCAAGGAGCAUCACGUUGGCUUUGAAGCAGCUGCAUGGUACUGGCAUUUUGUAGACGUGGUUCGGUUAUUCCCAUUUGUCUCUAUCUAUUGGUGGGGAGGUAUAUGAAGGAACGAAUCAGUGGAUUGAGGAAUGAAAGCUCGAAGACAAGGAGAACCGGGCUUUUCCAAAGAAUUACUGCAGCUUUCCCACUCCCUUUGAUUAUCAUAUACAUCAAAGUCAAACUAUCUUCCACUUUCCUACCAAUUCUCUCUCUAUUCUGGCACAUAAAUGAAGGGAUCGAAGAGAUUAUGGCGGAUCAUGUUCACCAAGAAAUGACCCGAAAUUUGAUCUUGGUUUAUUUUAGAUUGUUCCUUUUAAUCGUAAUAAAAGAUGUUUUCUUGUCUCUCGUUUCUUUUAUGAAUAAAUCGAAGAACCUAAUGGAUCCAACUCCUACAUUUGAGAGAGUUUCACUAAUAAAGGCGGAAGCGGCAAAUCGCUUAUACCGAAGCUUAGCUUAGUAGCUUCACUCUUUAUACUGGCGUGGCGCUGCUGGAUGCUUUUGAUCAAUAGCAAUAGGAAGAGGAGGAAAAAAAAAGAAAAAGAAUAUGAUGAGCAUCUAUUUGAGUCGAUCAUUUCCAAGAUCUAAUUCAAGUUUUUUCUUAUGUAGUGGAAACGCCUUAAAAUCUGAAGUUUUACGCUUAAGGGAAGAAAUGUUCUUGGUGGAUGCAGGACUUGGGACCCCCAGAAUUUGUAUGCAAGAUGAGCCUACAGGAGUCCCAAUCAACCGAGCCACCAGGUUUGAGAAUAAGGUGGGAUCCCUGGAUCUAGUAGCCGGUGAAUCACUGAUCAAAGAGCAUAUUUUGGAGAGAUUAUUCAUCGAUCUAGUGGCCGGUGAAUCACUGAUCAAAGAGCGAGCAGCCGCCAGGUUGAAUGAUUUGGUGGGAUCUACAGAUGUAGUGGCUGGUGAACCGCUUCUUCUUCUUCCACGAAGAUUCAGACAAAACCGAGCUUGGCUGGAACUGAACAAGAUUUGGCGAACGAAUACAAAGGUCAAAGGCUUUAUUAUUGAGAAAGUAAAAGGAGGUUAUUCAGUAGCCAUCGCAGGUUUCAUUACUUUUAUUCCAUUCCGUCGUCGUAAAAGAAUAUCGAAUGAUCGAUUCGCCAUUGAGAGCAUGAACCCAGACGAAUAUUGUGGUGUUCUAACAGCGGCGUUCAGAACCAGUCUUUAAGUGAAUGAAUUAGAAAGAACGAAGAAGUCAUGAUGAAAAAGAGAAAGAUAAAGAACGGAAAAGUCAUGAUGAAAAAGAUUAAAGAACGGAACCUGGUGGACAUUUAUGCGACUGCCACUACUAUAGGGAGAGAACAACCCACUAGCAGCAUUUCGGCUGCUCCAGCUGGAAUAGGGACAGAAGUGGCUACAACCAAUAACCUUGCUACCGUUGUUGAACAAACAAAUUCCCCCUUGCAAGUUUUUGAGAUGGAGUCCAAAAGUCUUUUUGAUACCACUGACCUUAUCUUUGAUGGACUUUGUGAUAAUCUGAUUUCACUUCACUCCAUGAAUCCCAUCCCAAAAUUGAGUUCAUUUUCAUUACCACACGCUGAAGAAGUGAUUGAGUUGGGGGUGAACGUCAUGUUAGAGCAAUACAAAUUUCCCGUCUCAUCCCUUCUACAGAUGCAAUUGGAUUUAAUGACAAGUGGGGUCAAUUCCCAAUUUUAUCACUUUUUUGUAGAAAGUAUACUAUAAGUUAGAAUGUUUUAUAAUUGGAUUUCGAGGAUGAGCCGGCCGGCAAAGCCUCCUCCUCAGAUCAAGAUGUAUUCGGCGCCGGUUAUUCUAUUGUUCUUUUUUUGGGUCAGGAGAGACAAAAGAGAGAUGCUUUCUAUAAGUCAAAAUAUGAAGAAAGAGUAGCCCGCCCCCCCAUGACUAAUCCACUUUACCGAGGAAUAGAAAGGAAGGACCGGGGGCCAGAUUGGGGUUGGGGUAUAGAGCCGUAAGCGCGGUGGGGGGUGACAGAGGACGUGCUCGUACGGUUCAUAUAAGGAUAUGAUAAAGUACUUUUUUAUUGGGAACUUUCAGUCCUCUAUAUUCGAAAUAUGCCUUUCUAGGAGCAUUACGAUCUGCAGCUCAAAUGGUCCCUUAUGAAGUAUCUAUUGGUCUUAUUCUUAUUGUGCGCCUUGUGAGCGCGUUUGGAUCCGCGAAGGCAAUCGCUCGGAUGUUCCCCUAACCCAACCCGGAAACGGACCGGAGGGAACCGCAGCAUGGGGAAUGUCCGCGUCUCGUCGCAAGGCUCAUUUUGAGUUGUGGGUCAUAGGGCGGGCAGCUUUAUCUGAUCAAGGGCCGGGGCACAAGGGUCCUGGUACUAUCCAGGUGCGAAGAACCCCGGAUGUGACUGCAAUGAGCAGAAAUCUAACUCACGGGCCUAAACGACGAGAAAACAGUCGAACGUGAGAGCAAGGGAUCACCUAACGAAUGGACGAGCUCAAAGGGGGGAGGGAGGCAAGAACCAUGCUUUAAGAGAAGUGGCCUUAUCUUCACUGCGAGAAUAACUGACUAAGCCGUGCCAUAAGGGGUCAUUCUCCAAACGGGACGGGGCCAAGCCUUUAGGUUGGGUGACAGAUCGGCCAUAGGAGUACUCCGGGAUAUAAACCAGGGCAACAAAAGUGGAGCAUACGACGAUGCCGCCCGUUUUCAUUUCGUGGAAGUCCCCGGCAGAGGAAAGGGCUGUAGGUGAUGGCUUAUCUAUAGAGGGGCGGUGAAAUCCUUUCUAUUGGUUCGUGCGUGGCAGCUGGUAUAUGAUGAAAGGCGGGCCGCUUUUUCGGGACCUAUUCUCUUCAUAGGCGGAAAAGCGAAAUAGGAAAGGUACUUUUGUUUCGAGAGGGUGUCUUUUUAGUCUUUCAAAGGCUCUCAUGUGGAGCUAACAUGGCAGGCUACAUAUAAGUCUAGCCAAAUAAAGAUGAGAUGGGACGGACGGUCAGAGGCCGCAGCGGGACUACCAUAGGAAAGCCCGCCCCCGCUAGCUAACAUAGAAAGAUAUUCCCGGAUAGCAGUAGUCUCUAUGUCAAUCUCUUCCCGACCGGGCCACCACUUGGGAUGGGAAUGGCUCAGCCCACAUGCAUCAUUUGAUGAAAGCACUCCAGUCCAGUCGCCUCCGAUGAUUGGUUUGUAAACCACGCUUUCUCUCCCUAAAAACAAUGCUCUUCACACGAAAGUGUGCAGUUCCGCCCCCCUUCUCCCAUGCUGAGUCACAGGCAGCGCCUCGGAAAGCACGGACGAGCCACAUGCAGGGAAACUUGCACGUGUGGUUCUGGCCGGGGACCCCCCCCGGUAUACUGUACUAAUAUGUGUAGGUUCCCGUAAUUCGAGUGAGAUUGUCAUGGCGCAAAAGCAGAUAUGGUCCGGUAUUCCCUUGUUCCCUGUAUUGGUUAUGUUCUUUAUUUCUCGUCUAGCAGAAACUAAUCGAGCUCCAUUUGAUCUCCCAGAAGCGGAAGCUGAAUCAGUUGCAGGCUAUAAUGUAGAAUAUGCGCGGGAUGCGAUCCUUAAUAGUUCACUGUUGGCGGAAGCCAAUGUCCCGGGAUCCCGGGGACUCAUUCUGACUGAAACAAGGGGCGGGUCUUUACCAACUUCCAAAUAUUCUAUUUUAGGGAAGCUGAGCGCCUAGCGCGAAAGCUUGCUUUACUAAGUAAUAAAGUAAUAUAAGGCAAGAAGCAAGGGUAUUCUAACCUCUCCUUUCAGUCGAGUCACUUUGUACCUCUCGCUUUGCUUGUUUAGUAAAGUCAAGCUUUUUGAUAGGAGGCUAGGGCACUCUUCAUUCUUCAUUUGAAACUCACGAGUGUCGGGUCGGGGAUUUCUGCCUUGUUAUCAAAAAGGGAGUUGGGUAAAGCAAACUCUCUCCUUGGAGGAGCACGGGCUUAGUCAAGUAGAACCGGGUUGCGCUGCUUGAUGUUCCGAUCGAAAACAAAUCAGUGGGGCCAUGCCGGUACGACUGAAUAUGCGUUAGAAAGGUCAACCCCUCCCCUACGACACCAAAAAAACCGGGCCGAACUUAUAACCCGCCCGCUUCCAUAGAACAAUAUCGUGGCAACGUAUACCUAAGUGGUAAUAUUGGAUCCUUGGGAACCAUCACAAGUACGGCCGGCCUAUAUUUGAACGAAAAUGCCGUGUCGUCCAGCGGAGCCUAGAAGAAGGUGACUCGCGCAGACAGCUGACUCCUUUUCAAUAGAAAAGAAUAGCCAAACCAACCCAGCUGGCUGGUCAAUCUCAGAGAUCUUAUCGGCCGGCAAACCGGAGACGGGCGACCACGGUCCCGACCUUACCAGCACCUGAGGUGUACUAAUCAAUGAAGCCCCGAAACCUACUUUCUUUUAUGAAAAAAGAAACCAAAGGAGUGGAAUGAAAUGAAACGACUACAAGGCCUAACCGGUCACGACAUGUUGUUGAUAUUGAUUGAGUUGGAGGGACUUUCGCUGACUGAAUCCAUCCAUAAACCUAGACCCCGGUAACCUUUGUAUAACCAAAGCGUCACGACAACAUCCAAAGGUCACCUUUGGAUUCUUAAGUAGGGGGAAAUAUUUAGCAGUAUUUUAUUAUGAUGACCUGGUCGCGAGAGUACGAUACAUCGGUG